AUGGGUGCAGCCCGCAUAACAGUUAGGGCAGCACCUGCAGAUCCACCAGCCACCCCAGUUCAGGAUCGGGUCCCAGUUGCGGACGCUCCAACAGUACCAGCUCAGGCACCGGCUGAAUUAUGGAGACCACUGGGGUCUCAUUCACUACUUUCCAGUUCUCCGGGGUUGCACUCAGUUGUUGUAAUCGUUACGAGGGAAAAAAAGGAGGUAAAGGAAGCCAAGAAAUUAGUAAAAAGGUACACACAUUACUUUGAGAGAUGGGCAUAUAAUGAGAAGUCAAGACAAAAGGCUUUAAAAGAUUUAAAUGAGAUGAGAGAUGAAGGUUUGAAGGAGCUAAGUGAAUUGUACAAUUUACCUGAGACUGAAUUAGGAUUCAUUAUACCAGCUUGGCAACUGAUUGUUGAAUGUAGAAGAGUUUUGAAAUGGACUUAUGCUUAUGGAUAUUAUUUAGGAGAAAAGGAGAAGACGAAAUUUCAAUUUUUCGAGUACUUACAAGGGGAAGCUGAGGUAGGUCUAGAGCGACUUCAUCAUUGUACAGAGAAAGAAUUGUUGGGUCCUCUUGGAUAUAUCAAGAAAUUGGAUUAUACUGAGUAUAAGAAUUUCGAACUUUUUCGUUCGAAACUUAUUGACCUGACUAAGGUUACUCGAAAUUACUUUGAGAACUUGGUUACUGCCUUAGGCAAUGGGCACAAAGAUGUGAAAAACUCAAAAGAAUCCAAGAGGAAAAAGGGUAAGUGA